GGGCCCGGCGAACCCUCGGCGCCGCCCCCGUGUCCCGUGCUAUGAACGUUCGGCGUGACUUCUCCGCAAGAAGCUGCAAAUGAAAAUGGAGGAUAUGUCUUUGUCUGGCCUGGAUAACAGCAAACUGGAGGCCAUCGCACACGAGAUCUACACGGAGCUGGUGGAGGAUGCCUGCCUGGGGCUCUGCUUCGAGGUGCACCGGGCUGUCAAGUGCGGGUACUUCUUCCUGGAUGACACGGACCCCGACAGCAUGAAGGACUUUGAGAUCGUGGACCAGCCGGGCGUGGACAUCUUCGGGCAGGUGUACAACCAGUGGAAGAACAAGGAGUGCGUGUGCCCCAACUGCAGCCGCAGCAUCGCCGCCUCCCGCUUCGCCCCGCACCUGGAGAAGUGCCUGGGCAUGGGCCGCAACAGCAGCCGCAUCGCCAACCGCAGGAUCGCGAGCAGCAACAACCUGAACAAGUCGGAGAGUGACCAGGAGGACAACGAUGACAUCAAUGACAACGACUGGUCCUACGGCUCCGAGAAGAAAGCGAAGAAGAGGAAAUCGGAUAAGAACCCCAACUCGCCCCGCAGGUCCAAGUCCCUGAAACACAAAAAUGGCGAGAUCGGCGGGAACCCCGAUCCCUUCAAGUACAGCAACUCGGCCGGCAUCAACUACGAGACGCUGGGCCCCGAGGAGCUGCGGACGCUGCUCACCACGCAAUGCGGGGUCAUCUCCGAACACACCAAGAAGAUGUGCACCAGGUCCCUGCGGUGUCCCCAGCACACGGAUGAGCAGCGCAGGGCAGUCCGGGUUUACCUCCUCGGGCCUUCGGCGUCCCUGCCCGAGGCCGAGGGCAGCGUGGAGAACGACAGCUUCGAGGUGGCCGAGAGCCAGGCCCUCAUGAGCCGCCUGCAGUGGGACGGCUCCUCCGACAUCUCCCCCUCCGACUCAGCCUCCUCCAAAGCCAGUACAAACAACUCCGAGUCCCGCAAGACCAAGAAGAAGAAGCCCCACCUGGGGCUGGUGAGCGGUGCCCCAGGGCUCGGCUCCAGCAAGAAGAAGAAGCCCAAGCCCCCCGCCCCCCACACCCCCAGCAUCUAUGAUGACAUCAACUGAGCCCCGCAGAGCUGGGGAGGGGCAGGACGGACAGAGGGACAGACAGGAGCCAGGACAGCCCCCGGGCACCCCCAGGCCAGACACAAGGCGGGUACCGGAGCACAGAGGACUCGGCUGUCGCUGGAGUGGGGCUGGAUUUGGGGAGCCCCAUUAGUGCCCCCCUUCCUCCCCCUGCCCCCGUGCCUCUAUUUAUUCUGUGACAGUUUUUGUUCAUGAGGUUCCCGUUGGGGCAUCUCCCUCGGACAUGGGGGUACAGCCCCCCAUCCCUCCCAGCACCCCCAAAGCCAGCUGUGCCCCCCACACCCGCUCCUCACUUACCCACUGGGGUGGGGGGCACCUGGACACCCUGGGCAGGUCUGGGCCUGGCUCAGGGGGUUGUGAAUCCCCCCUGCCCUGGGGUUUUGGGGUGAGCCCCCCACUCUGGAGCAGCCUCCCCUCCCUGCCCAGGGCUGGCACUCGCUGGUCGGGCUGGCUCAGGAGGGGGGGUCACACUGGAGGGGGUGUUUCACACUCAGAGGACAGGUGGGCACCCUCUCACCCCCAAAUCUGCUCAGCUGUGCCUGCAUUCAGCUCUUGGGGGUCUCGGGGGCCUGGCAGUGCC